GUGAUAAAAUGUUGCUGUACCUCUUUCCCACACACAGUUUACUCGAGUUCCCUCUUAAUCACUCUUCAAAAAUUCUUCCCAUGUGAAAAUUAAUCACUAAAAUGCGAACUGUGAGACGUGAAGUCCUAACAAGCUUUGAAAAGCUCUUGGGUUCGUAAUCCCCUGAUUGCAAUUACUAAUGGCAAAGGUCAACUGUGAGACACGAAGUCUAAACAAACCAUGUGAUGCCUUUAGGCGCCUGGUGCCACUUUUAAAAAAGUUUCGCCUGAUGACUCUUGUUUCGACCAACCUGCUAAAGAAUUUAGAACCCCGUGUUUCAGUUGAACUUUACACGGUUUUGGUACCGCGCGUUCAUCAAAUGCGACGUUACUGAACGAUCUAAUAUAAGUAAAGGAUAUCACUCAAACAUACGGUAUUUAACACGCAAUAAACCUUGGAGUCACAUCCGUGGGUGACGAACAAAGGGAAAAGGAACUCGAGUGAGAAUUAAAGUCCAGAUUUCAUCAUGAGAGGGGCAUUUUUAUUUACCAUUUACCUAUCAGCCUUAGUGGCCCUAGUCACAAUAACCGAAGGAAAACAUGUUUCCCCGACGAAUGAGGAAGGAACAAAAGAUCACGCCCUCCACACUCACGAACACGAAUCUCACUAUCGCGAAUCUGGCGUUGGAGAAGAAGAAGGCUCGUUAGAUUGGGGAAGUGGCAGUGGUUCAGGUUCUGGAAGAAAGGACGCAUCCGUCGGAUAUCCCGGCGGGGGAUACCCAUCUCCGUAUCCAUCACCAUAUCCCUCCCCGUAUCCUUCCCCGUAUCCUUCUCCCUACCCCUCUCCGUAUCCAUCACCAUAUCCCUCCCCGUAUCCAUCGCCACAUCCCUCCCCGUAUCCAUCACCAUAUCCCUCUCCGUACCCAUCGCCAUAUCCCUCCCCGUAUCCUUCUCCGUACCCCAUGCCUUAUCCCGCUCCUUACCCUUACCCCGCUCGCUACCCUCCCCCUAGUCCAAGUGAGGAGGAAGAAGAAGAAGAAGAAGAAGAAGAAGAAGAAGAAGAGGAGGAGAAUGAUAAACCCAGACAUAAGAAACCCAAUAAUGAUAGAAAGAAAAUAGAACAUUGACAAGGAAUCACUUAGAAACGAACUCGUCUAGACUCCCGCUUAAUUAUGGUGUUUAGGUUGUAUGUUGUAUCAAAAUGCAUAUCAUCGUAGUAACUUUGAGGUAGAAACCAAUAAAAACCA